UUCUCCCUGUUCUAGAAGAAGAAGAAAAAAAAACUCUCUCCCCGUCUUCUCGACUCAAGUCGCAAAGCCUUCCCCUCCCCUGGAUUCCUCGACCCCACGCGAGAGCCUCCCAACCCUAUACGCCAGAUCGGCUCCCACCACCGCACGCGCAGAAUCCGUUUGGAGUUUCGCCGCCGGCGCGGCAGCGAGCAGCCGGUCCCAGGGCGUCCGUCCCUGGCUCCCCCGCGGGCACCAGCAAGGCGAACCUUGUUUCGACAGAAUGCAAGACCCUAGAGGUAUGGCGCGAGAGGAUUUCUCAGCGUCGAAGUCACAGAAGAGGAAGGUUGUGUACCGGCCUUUGCCCUCAGUCCAGAUAAAAACUGAACCUGAACUUCUGCGGAGGGACAUUCCACAUUCGUUGGCCAAUACACAGAAGCCACCUAAGAGAAGCUUCAGGAGUGAGCCCCGCCCUCCCAUGCCGCAGUCUGACAGAGGAACUCCGGACUCGCUACCAGAUUCUGGUCCUGCGGAUGAAUAUCGGGCGCUACGGAGGAAGUACAUGAUGCUGGAGGAAGAGAACUACACGCUGGAUGCACAAUUAGGCAUGGCAGAAAAGGAAGCCAAAACUCUCGAGGAUGAGAAGUUUGCAUUGCUGGAUCAGCUUGUUGUCUUGGAAGGUCUUGUGGAGCCUUCGCAGCUGCAGACACAGCGAAGGCUAUAAGGCAUCUAUGUGUGACCCUUUGUUUUUUCGUAGUGUAAUUCUGCAUCUGGUAUUGUUAGGUGUGACUACCCUCAAGAUGUACCCAUUGUAGUGGCUAUUUUACUCUAGAUAGUUGCUCUAGACAGGACAACUAUCUGGAGUAUUUGUGCACGAUGAAAGAGAAUGAUACUCCCUCAUCCCAAAAUAAGUGUCGUUGAUUUAGUACAACUUUGUACUAAAUUAGUGACACUUAUUUUGAGACGGAGGGAGUACAUAUCAUACUAUCAAAUGAAAUAUUGGCCGCAAAUUGUGGUGUAAGAACUAUGGAAUUCAUGAAUGAUGCAACUGAUCUAAAUGAUUUACCUAUGUUCUAGUA